AUGGGGGUUACAUCUGAGCACGAGCUCAUCCGAAAUACCAUCGCUGGUAUCGCCAUCACUUUCGACACCAAAAAGUUCGAAGACCUAAGCAAGUUUCUCACCGAAGAUUGUGUCGCCGAAUAUACAGGCUCACUCGGCCUGAUGAAAGGGCCAGACGCCGUCAUUCAGGGUCUGAAGAGUGCAAUCGGGCAUAUCAACACUUUCCAUGGCCUGACAACCCAGAGUAUACAGCUCACUGGCAAAGACACAGCUGAGGCCACGACCUACUGUGCCGCUGGGCAUUUUCUAGGGGAGAAGUCAUUCCUCGCGGAAGCGAGGUAUUAUGACAAGCUCGUGAGAGUUACGGAUGAAGACGGUGUCAAGUGGAAGAUCUCGUAUCGCUUGACCACCAUGAUGGGGGUUCCGCGGGGCGAUGUCUCUAUGUUUAGUAUCGAUUUGAAUGAUUGGGCUGAGACUUUGAAGGCUUGA